GGAAGCGGAAAUUACGACUUCUUUUGUGCUGGAGGUGUGAAACGGCAUCUCUCCAAAACAAGUUUUAGUGACACGUUGCAUUGUAAAUAAGUUCAUGAGAUUCACUUUAAAGAAUGUCAAAUUGGUGACAUCAUGGUGUGUUUGUGGUGACCCACAGAAGCUUGAUAGGGGCUUGUAUUACUUAAUAUUGUUGCAAGCACUUCUUUAAAGGCAUUUUAUUUCGUCUUUGUACUCGAUUGACUUUACCAGGUGUUGAAAUUACACUGUAGCAUUUUAAUAAUGCAGAUGAAGAGAUAAGGUAUGCGGGCGGUUUUGCCCUAGAAGAAGAAGAAGAAAGCUUUUUCAAGAUGGUGCUAUUUGCUUCAAUAUUUCGAGCUUCCGACGGAUUGCCAUUGGUGGCGUUGACAGAUUUUGAUGGUCAGAGGUCAAAUGUAAAACAUGCACAACGUUACGUGAAGUUGAUUUCAAAGAAACUGCAUCAGCUACCAGACAGAUGCACCCUGCAAAGUGACGACUAUGUGAUACAUUUUAUUACCAUUCCUCCUCAGAACAUCAGUGUGGUGACGGUACUUGAUGUCUCCUACCCCAGUGUGCUUGGUUUCUGUUUCCUGGAGGAGGUAGAGAAGGAGUUUAUAAAGCAGUAUGACAGCAGGCAAGUCAGUGCAGCAGUUAGACCUUACACCUUCAUGGAGUUUGGUAAGUCAGACAUGCAGUGGCAUGUGCAUGCGUGCACACAUGAAUGCACGCAUGUACACACAAUGGAGUUCACAGUGAGGUUCAAUAUAAGUGCCAUUGACUUAAGACAUAUUCACCCCCCCCCCCCAGCCCCAAUAAAGGAAUUAUAUUAUUCAUGGGCUACAACACAACACAACGAUGGUCACAUCCAUGUAGAUUUAACAGAGAUCAACUCUUUUGUAUAUGGUGCUGCGUUCAUGCUCACAAGUCUCUUCUGUAUAUAUCAGAUAUUCCUGCUGUAUACCCACUCUCGCUGGAAGAAGUCCAAGACGUACGUGACCAGUAUACUGAUGUGUCUGUGUCAGAUGGUCACGUGGGAGCUGAGGAAUCUGCUGCAGAUAGGGUUCCACUUCAUGGCAAAUCUUCUCAUUACUUUUAUCAUUCUGUAUAGACUCGACUUGAAUAAAGUCCCGGAUUACCACGUUUAAGGACUCCACUGUCGACGUGCUGUCAAAAAGAAGAAAUCGUGUUGUUCGUCUUUCAAUUAUUUUGCUAACGUUUUUUUAGUACCCAGUAUGUGCAUCCUGUAUUUCAACAGAAUUUUUCAUUUAAUCAAAAAGAAAA